GCCGCUGCUGCAGGAAUAUGCUGGAAGCCAGUGGGCGGGCAACCGAACGGUGCUGAAGGGACAGUUCCCGCGGCCGAACUUGCCCAGUGCUAUUGGGAGGGUGGGGCAGCCCUUGGAGCCGGCGGGGCGCGUGAGCGAUGGAGACCAUAUGGGUCUACCAGUUCCGCCUCAUCGUGAUCGGGGACUCCACCGUGGGCAAGUCGUGCCUCCUGCACCGUUUCACCCAGGGCCGCUUUCCCGGGCUGCGCUCCCCCGCCUGCGACCCCACCGUCGGCGUGGACUUCUUCUCCCGCCUGCUGGAGAUCGAACCGGGCAAAAGGAUCAAGCUGCAGCUCUGGGACACGGCGGGUCAGGAGCGGUUCAGAUCAAUAACUCGAUCUUAUUACCGCAACUCAGUUGGUGGAUUUUUAGUAUUUGACAUAACUAACCGACGAUCUUUUGAACAUGUGAAAGAUUGGCUAGAAGAAGCAAAAAUGCACGUACAGCCAUUUCGGAUUGUAUUUCUGCUAGUGGGACACAAAUGUGAUUUAGCUUCACAACGUCAAGUCACAAGAGAAGAAGCUGAAAAACUGUCAGCAGACUGUGGAAUGAAGUAUAUAGAAACCUCAGCAAAAGAUGCUACAAAUGUUGAGGAAUCCUUCACUAUCUUAACAAGAGACAUAUAUGAACUUAUCAAAAGGGGAGAGAUUUGUAUUCAGGAUGGCUGGGAAGGGGUUAAAAGUGGUUUUGUCCCAAAUACUGUGCAUUCUUCUGAAGAAGCAGUGAAACCCAGGAAAGAGUGCUUCUGCUGACUUCAAACAUGCCAAAGAAUAAGAACAGAUUGAAUGUCAUUUCAGGAUAAACACCAACAUUACCAGGAAAAUGACACAAUGAAAACAUUUAUAAAAAAGUGCUAAACCCAUAUUAACACUAUUUUGUAAGGUAUUUGAUUCAGAGCAUGAUGCUUACUUGUAACACUACAAGAUUAAGUAUUUUGCUAAAAUAUCAGGCAAAUAAGACAACUUUUUCUUGAAACUACCAAAUUACCCCAUUCUCACUUUGUUGCAUAUAGCUGAACUUAAUUUCCAAAUAUGUCAAUAUUACUCAUUUUUCUUGACAGAUUGAAAUGGGCUUUUUGUACAAAUAUAGUCUGAUUGAAAAAAUUGUAUCAAGAAUUACAUUCUCUUGAUUUAAUUUAUUAAUAUUGAAUAGUAAAGUGGAUUUAAAAAUGCACUGUUCACUUACAAAUUAAGCAAUCUCAGAGGCAUCAACUAAGACUAAAAUAGCAGUUUUUUGUUUAAGGUACCAGGUUUUUAACUAUUCUCUGAAAUAUUUGUCUUCCCUUAAUUUUGCCUGAGCAUAAGAAAAUAAGUUUUAUACUCAUUUUUGUUCUCUGAUUUAUUGCUCCUGAAAAUUUUGUUUUAUGAAGCUAUGUAGGUAUCCAAGCAAAAUAUUUUAUUGCAAAUAUUUGUAAAAAUAAAAGCAAAGGACCACUUAUCAGCAAAUGUUUUGAUGUUAUAUUAUACUGUCCCUAUUUAGACAAGAAAAACGAAUGUAUUUAUAUACUGACGUUCUCACAGAAGUAAAUGAAAUUUACUCAAACUAAAUGCAAUUUACCCUGAACUAUUAUCAAAAUUAUCAAUAUAAGUAAAUAUAGAAUGUUUUUAGUAAUAGCUUUUUGUCCAAGUAAAUUUCUAAAUUUCCCCAUUUCCAAUAAAAGAAAAUUGUAGUAAAGAUUUUCCUGGACAAGGUUAGAAGUUUGAUACAUUUAGCAUUCAAAUUGGACUUUACAUCUCAUCAGUCAAGGUAAAGAUAAAAUAAUGAGUUAAGGCUACAAAAUGACUUUUGAGUUUCUGAAUUUUUAACUUAUUGGUUAAAUUCCCCUCCUGGAAAAGACAGUUUGAUGAUAAUGUCAAAUAUUUUACAACACACAUUUCUAUUCUGUUCUAUAAACCAUUCCUAUCACAAAGGGGCACCAUGAAGCUGCCUUUUUGGAAUCAUGAGGUUUUUACUGUUAAACUAUGGUAGCUUCAUUUUGUUUGAAAACCAAAAUGGUAUGGUAGGAAGAAUAUUUAAGGAGAAAUAAAAAAACCUGAGUUCUAAGCUUGCCUUUGUUGUACCGGCAUUUGUACACAAAUAAGUCACUUAACCUCUCUAAGUAUCCAUUUUCUCAUCUGUAAAGUGAGGCUAAUAACCCCAUUUAUGGGAUUAUUUUGAGAAUCAAUUGAACCAUGUGAAAAAGCUUUAUAAACAGAGAAAGCAACAUACAAAUGUUAGAUUGGUAUCAGCUGCUCAUGGGCAUACUAUUAUAUUUACAGUGGAUAAGAAUUUGGAUUUCUCAUGUUCUUUCCCUGCAUUCCCACAUUCUGCAGAGAGAGCAGAAAAGGUGCAUGUUCUCAUGGACCCUAGGGAAUGCUUGGUUUGAUGUACACCUUCUGCCCUCCUAUCCUGGAACUCUGCUCCUCCAAAGUGCAAAUGAUGGAAAGGGAAAUCCCAGGAGACUUAAAUGAAUCAAAAUCAUGUUUAAAUCUAGAUUCUGUGCAUCUUAAAAGUAGAUAUUUAAUUAUGUUUUUAAAUACUUGUACAUGUAAGUUGCAUGUAAGUAUUUUUAAUAGCACAUAGAGAGAAAAAUAACAUUUUUGUAUAUUUAUACUGUCAAUAUUUUCUUAAUAUCCUUAGAUUAAUUUCACUUGAGUAAGUUCAAACUAUAAUUGACCAGAUAAGAAAAUACCUGUUCCCCAAAAUGUGAAAUAAUCUAUUUUUAUUGUUAAACUUUUGUAUCUUAGUGGGAGCUGGCAGUGCAGAGAGGAGGCGGCACUGGUCUGCAGCAACAGCUCCCACCAGCCCUUGGGGCACUCACCCCUGUGCUCAAGCAAUCAUUGUCAAUGACAAAGUGACUAUUGAAGUUAUAAUUGUAUUAAAUUAAUGCUAAUAAUUUGGAUAUUUUAUUUUAUUUUUGGCUGCUCAGGUAACAUUAGCCCUUAACUAAGUAUAUGUGGGUUUCCUUUUUUUUUUCCUUUCUUUUUUUCCUUUUUUUUUGGGGUACAGCUGUAAAAUAUUUGGAUAUAGGAAAUGUGUUAUUCUUGCAGCCUUGAUAUUCAGGGUGGAUUGUAAAAUAUAAAUUUUUGUGAGAUUUCAAAGAUUAAGAUUAUUUUGAUAACAUUAUUUACAGAUUUAAAAGAUGUGGUUAUCACAAGUCUUGAGGGGGAAACUACUGCAUAAAAUAACUAACUUGGAAUAAAUAUUUUGCAUCAGU